AUGGAACAGCGGAUGCUUCAAGUGUCGCGGGAGGAGAUUGAGAAGAAGGUCGGGGAGGACGUCACGGGGCUCAAGAGAAUUGGCAAGAAGAUCGUCCUGUUUUUGGACUUCUACAUCUGGGAACCUCUAUGCACAGGCAUACGGUUCCUGAAACUGGUCGCCAUUUUCGCGCCGGUGAUCAUCACGGUACCAGUGAUCUGGUUCGGAGAGCGCCAGCCGGAUCGUGACGAUGAACGAUCAGGAACGCUGUGGUGGUAUGGGUUCUUGGUGCAGGCUAUGGAGUGGGCUGGUCCUGCCUUCAUCAAGCUUGGACAAUGGGCCGCCUCGCGAUCAGACAUAUUCCCCGACGAGAUGUGCAACAUCAUGUCGAAGCUGCACGACGACGCCCCGGCUCAUUCCCUCCAUGCUACAAAACGUAUCGUGGAGGCGGCAUUUAAUGGUCGCCACUUCGACGAGAUCUUUGAGGAAUUCGACGAGAAGCCUUUGGGUGUUGGUGCCAUCGCGCAGGUCUACAGGGCCAAGCUAAAACCAGACCUCACCAUGCCUGCUGAUGCUGACCUUUCCAGCUCGACUCAUCGGUUUGUCAAGAACGUUGGGACCGUUUUGAAGGCUACGCCAAAACGGGUCCCAUCGUCCCACGUCGCCAUCAAAGUGCUGCAUCCUGGUGUCGAGCGGACUGUACGGCGCGAUCUCCGGAUCAUGCGAUUCUUUGCUUCCAUGAUCAAUGCGAUUCCUACCUUGGAGUGGCUCUCCCUCCCCGACGAGGUCGAUCAAUUCGGUGACAUGAUGAAGCUACAACUCGACCUGCGGAUCGAAGCCGCCAACCUCUCCAGGUUCCGCAAGAACUUCAAAGACCGAACAACCGCCUGGUUCCCCUACCCCUACACCGAGUUCAGCACUCGCAACAUUCUCGUCGAGGAGUUCGCGCACGGCGUCCCACUAGCGGACUUCAUGGCCAAUGGCGGCGGCGUCUUCCAGCACGACAUAGCUAGCGAAGGUCUCGACGCUUUCUUACGCAUGCUCCUCCUCGACAACUUUGUGCACGCCGACCUGCACCCGGGCAAUAUCAUGGUGCGCUUCUACGAGUCCGAGAAGCCCCCCCUCAGCCUGCACUGGGACAAGCCUAGUGACGCGCACCCGACGGGUAAAAAUGGAGAUGUCACAGAGCAUGUCCUCUCGCGCCUGCGGCCAUACAGAAACAACAAGGAGCUGUGGGUCGCCGAGCUGGAGAAGAUUGAUGAGGAAGGGUACCGCCCGCAGCUGAUUUUCAUUGAUACCGGUCUGGUCACGGAACUCAACGCUACCAACCGCCGCAACUUCCUCGACUUGUUCCGUGCCGUGGCCGAAUUCGACGGGUACAAAGCUGGCCACCUCAUGUGCGAGCGGUGCCGGCAGCCGGAUGCGGUGCUCGAUAAAGAGGUGUUUGCGCUCAAGAUGGAGCAUCUCGUGCGGGACGUCAAAAACAAGACGCUGGCGCUAGGGAAUAUCAAGAUUGGCGAUAUCUUGGAGAAGGUGUUGAAUAUGGUGCGCCAGCAUCACGUCAGGCUCGAAGGCGAUUUCGUCAAUGUGGUCAUCAGCAUCUUGCUGCUGGAGGGUAUUGGGCGUGCUUUGGAUCCUGAUGUGGAUCUGCUGAGCAGCUCGCUUCCUAUCUUGCGACAACUCGGUGCGCAGGGCGGCAAGGAUAUGUUGAUGGAGGGGGAUGUGCAUAUGAUGGCUGUUUGGCUCGGGUUGGAGGCCAGAAGGUUUAUGCAGGCUAGUAUCGAGGAUGUUGAACGGUGUGUCAAGUAUGAUUUGCUAUCGCCAAAUGUGUAA